AGUCAGCUCCACUCCCACAUCUAGAGAUGAAACGAAACUGAAAACAAACUACACCUUCUCUACUGUAUUUAGUCAAAACGAAACAUUGAGACAGUGUAGCUGAAGAUCACGAACGACUGGAACGGCGUUAGCUUCGCGGAAGGCACACGAGCAAUAGCCUAGUUCACGUUAUCAGAUAACAAAGGUGAUUGAAUCAUCGAUGUCAUCAUGGAGGAUGAUUCAGAGUUGGGUGAUAACCUCUCUGCAGAUGUGAAAAAUGUAAAGCAAUUCAAAGACCAAAUGAGACCUUCUGAAGACAAGAAUGAAAACCGUAGGUCUAUGAAAAAGAAGAAAAAGAAGAGGGAAAAAGUAAAUACAGAAGAGCAUCUUUCUGUAGCAGGUGACAGAAAUAGUUCAGACUUUUCUGAUGACACCCAAGUUGAAACUGCAUCGAAUCUAGAAGACAUCAGUCUCGAAACAGUGAAAGAAAAGAAAGAUCUGGAGAACAAUGUUUUGAAUCCCCUAGAAAGUAUUGACAAAGAAUCCAGUGCCAACAACUCUGAAAAUCAUGAUAUACAAAUAGAUGAAAAAACACAGCUGAACUUAGAAUCAGGAGUUGAAUCAGUAUGUAAGAGAAUGCUGAAAUUUGAAAAUGAAGUUAAAGACUCAUGUAAGGAUGUGAAGAUUGGAGAAGAUAACAACAAAAAUCUUUUGACAACAAAAUCUGAAGACCAGUCGGCCAGUGAUUGUUUACAUAACUUCCAACAAUCUGAAAGUAAACCUAUGUCAGCUCCUGUGGACAGUCCUGCAUGUUCAGGGCAUGUACAAGAAAAGAAUUGCUCAAUGGUUAAGAAGAAUCAUGAUCAAGUAAUGGAAGACUUUAUAAAUGUAAACCCAAGUCCAGCUGAAAAAAGUAAAAGUACUGAGCCUGAACUAACUACUGCAACUUCAACAACAAUGAAACAAAGUACAGAAGCAAAGCCAAAGAAAGAUCCCCAGUUAAAAGCAGGAAAAAAUAAAGGUGAAAAGGAAAGGGAAGAUGACAGUAUACCAGAAAACCAAAGACUACCUGAAAAAUGUAAAAACCCUGAUCAAAAUUCAACAAAGAUGAAACAAGAUACACAGACAAAGGAAAACACUGAUCCUCACUUAAGUGAAGAAAGAAACAAAGGUAUAAAGCAACUGGCAGCUGAUUCUCUACAGCAGUCAAAGAAACAAACAGCUGACAGUUCACCAGCACCUGAUGCUCCCAUCUCUGCAGCUAAUGAAGGACACAAAAAAGAUACAAAUCUGAAAUCACAUUCCAGUAAGACAUCAGAGAAACCUAAAAAUCUAAAGCCCCCUGCAAUAUCAGAACGACUCAGUCAACAACAACUACAGCAAAUUCCACCUGAUGAAAAGAUUACAAUUUACUUUCAUGCUGUUUUGUCCAAGGAUUUUAACUUUGACCAAAGUCAAGAUAAGAUCUUUCUACGUGCUGGAAAUCCAAUUGGAAAUUGGGACGAAAAUUUGGCUGAAAUAAAUGUAGUCAGGGAUCGUGGUGAAUGUGGAUUUCUAGUUGAAGGACACUUAAUUGCUUCUAAGACAAAUGUGAAUGUUUCAAUACCUUAUAAGUAUGCAAUCUAUAAGUGGGAAAAAAAGGAACUUCAAUAUGAAAUUAUUCAUAACAAUGACGCCAAAGGUAUUGUGAACCGUUGCUUGUUAAUAAAGGAAGAUCUUUUAGGUGACAGAGAAAGAUUCCUUUACCAGGUUUUAAAUUCCUCAGAUUAUAGUGUAACAGGAAAUAAUGCCCUUAUGGCACCCACACCCUGCCAAUGGGACUGA